AGCAGGGGCCGGGGGGCCGCGGGCGCGCUCUCCGCGGGCGGGCUCUUCGCGCGGGUGUUCUCCCAUGGCUCCCUCGCGGGGCGGCCGCGGCGCACGCGCGGGGCUAGGCCUUCUCGCCUGCCUCGGCCUCGACGGCGACGGCGUCUGCGCGAAGGCCGCGUCGGCGAGGGCGGACCUCUUCUGGAGGACAGCGUGGCCGUCCUCGACGAAGGAGGCGCAGAAGAGGCGAGAGCGCUCAGCCGAACCGGGCGGAGGCGGCACCAUGCCGACAUCCGGGUCGCGCGCCUGGCAGGCAGGGUUUCCUCCGCGUGCCGGGCUUCGCGGACGAGCGGGAGGUGGCGCAGCUCCGCUCCGCCAUGGCGUCGCUGUUGCAGUCGUGGCAGAAGACGGCGGCCAGCGGGGACGGCCUGGCGGAGGCUUCGCUGUCCUCGCUCAGGUCCGAGGGCAGGAGCCCGACCACGGGUUCCUGCUGGACUCCGCGGCGAAGGCAAGCCUCUUCCUGGAGCCCAGCGCCUUCGACAACGCCACUGGCCGGCUGAAGCCGGG